UAUCAACCACUAGCUAUGAAUGACUCCAGCAGAAAUGUUCAGUUAUGUAUUCCUCUUAUCUUUUUCUUAUUGUUCAUCACUCAAUUUCCAAAAGUCUGUUAUGCCUGCCACGAUAUUGAAAGAAUUGCUCUAUUACAUUUCAAAUCCUCUCUAACCGACUUUUCUGAUCGUUUGUCGUCUUGGAAAGUAGACCGCCAUCAAAAUUGUUGUGCUUGGCAUGGAAUUCAAUGUUCCGGUGAAUCAUUCCAAGUCAUCUCAAUCGAUCUCCGAAAUACGGACAGUGAAAUCCACCUUAAAUUUUCUGAUUAUUCGCAGCCUGCACCAAAUACUACACUUACUGGUACAGUUUCUCCUUCAUUGUUCAAUCUUACUCACCUUGAGUAUCUUGAUCUUAGCUUCAAUGAGCUGGACUACUCAAAAGUCCAAUAUCAGCUUUCAAAACUCAAAAAUCUUACUCACCUUGACGUCGCCAGUUCAAAUUUUUCCGGCUCGAUAUCUACACAAUUUGCCAAUUUAUCAUCUCUACGAUACCUCGAUAUCUCUGGUUAUGUUCAAACAUCUGAUCCCAGAAAUUUCGGGUAUACGGCGUCUGAAUUUCCCUUAAUCUCGUCAUCCAUAAACUGGGUUAAAGAGUUAGUCCAUCUGAGGGUACUCAGACUGAGUGGUGUUGAUUUAUCUAAGGCAACUGUCCAAAAGAAUUGGGCUAAACCAAUAUCAUUUCUUGCUGAUCUCAGAGAACUUCAUUUAUCUGCUUGUGGUAUUUCUAGCCCAAUCUUUCCGGUCCACGAGUUUCUUAAUCUUUCACGUCUAUCAACUCUGAAAAUGAAUAACAAUAAUGACUUCCAUUCUUCAAUACCAAUUCAGAUUGCUAAUCUUACUUCUCUUUCAGUUCUUGAACUAGCUGGGUGUUUUAGUUUGGAAGGAUCCAUUCCUUACCUUCCUCAGCUUCAAAGACUGGAUGUAAGAGCAAGUGUAAAUCUAUUAGUCAAUCUUACGUCCAUGUUUGAACGUCAAUGGCCAAAACUCCAAGUACUGUGGAUGACAUCAACUUAUGUAAAUGGUUCGGUUCCAAGUUCUAUUUUGAAUGCUCCGUUAUUGGUUAGUCUUCUUGCACCAGGUUGUUCCAUUAAGGGUUCGUUACCUACUUCUAUUGUGAAUCUUUCAAAAUUGGAGUAUCUUGACCUCUAUGACAACGACUUAACAGGUUAUCUUCCUUCUCUGGGCUCUAAUAUGAAGAACUUGCGAUAUCUAUCCUUGUCUAACAACAAGUUGCAAGGACCCAUACCCGAGUCAAUUUGCGAUAUUAGUUCUCUUCAGCAACUUUAUCUCUCUUCCAAUGGACUAAGCAGUACGAUACCAAGUUGCAUCACCAAGCUACGCAAUCUCAAAUAUUUAGAUGUUAGUUCCAACUCUCUUGAAGGAAUAUUCUCAUUGAACUCUUUGAUCAAUGAAUUGAGCUUAACAGAACUAAAUUUUAACUUUAACAACAUAAUCAUAGAAAUAGAUGAACACUUCUAUCCGACAAAUUUUCAGUUGAAGAACUUACAGCUCCAAUCAUGCAAUAUGAAAGGACAUAUACCGGCUCUCUUCUGCAGAUUCACAAAUCUCAAUAGAUUGGAUUUGUCAAAUAACAAUCUCAUGGGAUCCAUCCCAUCUUGCCUCUUCAAGCACCAAACUCUGGAUUAUCUAGAUCUCUCUCAAAACAACCUCCAAGGAACACUACCAAAAGUUUUUCAUUUUAAUGAAGAUAAGUUCAUCCACUUAAAUUUGGCCCAGAACAAGCUCCAGGGUACACUUCCUCUGCCAUCUAAAAAGAACAUACAUUUUGACCUGUCACAGAAUCAUUUCAGUGGCAGUAUAUCAUUCGAAGUGGGAGAACGGCUUUCAAAGUCUCGUUAUGCUUCAUUAUCAAGCAAUCAGCUAUCAGGUACAAUACCCCUCUCCUUCUGUACAAACAAUGGCUUUGAAAUGAGUUCAUGGACCAUUCAAUCUCUAAAUCUCUCCAACAACACCUUAAAUGGACGAAUACCCUCUAGUUUAGGAAACUGCAGUUCUCUCUUUUCUCUACAUCUUGGUAUGAAUAAUCUAAUCGGAAAUGCUCCAAAUGAGCUUGAACAAGCACCUAUUCAAUAUCUUAUGUUGAACGAUAACUUCCUCGAAGGUAUCUUUCCAAAAUUCAUUCAACGAUUUGAGAUGUUGACUGUUCUUACUUUGGGAAACAAUAACUAUGAAGGCAGUAUACCUACAUUUGUCGGUUCAUUUAAAUAUCUAAGGAUCCUGUCUUUAAGGUCAAACAAAUUCAAUGAAUCUAUCCCCAAAGAGAUCAGCCAUUUGGGUCGACUCCAAAUUUUAGACCUGUCGAUGAACAAUCUCUCUGGUUCAGUUCCAAGAAGGUUAGGAAACUUGACGAUGCUAACAAGUAGGCCUAAUUACUCCACUGCUGAUUUCGGAGGAGGUUGGCUUAUCUCAGACAUCCAAUUGCGCAUAAGGAUCAAUGGGGUGUUACAACACCUCAAACGCUUAAAAGAUUACAGUUCCGGAAUGGACCUAUCAAGCAACAUUCUAGAAGGAAAUAUCCCAGAAGAGAUAGGUCUACUACAAGGGCUUUCAAUGCUUAAUUUAUCAAAUAAUCAUUUGGAUGGUAAAAUACCAAGAAGUGUGGGAAACAUGACUGGCUUAGGUUCCUUGGAUAUCAGUUUCAACGAAUUGUCUGGAGAAAUCCCAAUGGAAUUCACAUCACUAAAUUCUCUUGGGUAUGUAAAUGUAUCAUAUAAUAACUUGAGUGGCAGAGUCCCUGAAGAUGCUCACUUCCAAGGUCUGGGUGUGAAUGGAUUAGCUUUCCUUGGUAAUGAAUUUCUGUGUGGUAUUCCUACCAAGAAGCAUUGUAAGGGUGAUCCUAUUGGUCCUACCAGUAACAACACUGAUGAAAAUACGAACGUGAAUGUCGAAGAAGAUGAAAAUGGUGCCAGAGAUAAGGUUUUGUUACUUGGUUUUGUUUUUUUGGGUGUGGGUGUAGGGUUUUGGGGUCUAUUCUUGGUUUUAAUCUGUAGAAAGGAGAAAUGGUGGUUUAGGUACUGGAGAGCUAUUGAUACUGUUGCAUCAAAAUUAACUAGUUGUAUACCGAGAAAUCAGUAAUAGGUCGUAACUAGUAAUAGUGACAUAGGCUAGCAUUGUUUGUGACAGUUUUGAUUUGAGAUCUCUUCUGAGAAAUGAGAUUUCUGUAUAUAUGGAAUGUCUUUUGC